CAUGCGGCGGACGGCCCGGCCGGCGGUGGCGGUGGCGGUGCGCCUCGAGCUCCGCUGAGCGCCGCCCGGUCCGCCGCGCUCGCCGGGGCCAUGCAGAACGGCAAGCGACCGGAGGCGCCGCGGCGCGCCCCGCGCCGGCCCGGACGGCCGCCGCCGGAGCGGCCGGCGCGCGCGCUCUGCUGCCUCAGCCUUGACAACCCGCUCCGCCAGAUCUGCAUUCGGGUGGUCGAGUGGAAGCCGUUCGAGCACCUGAUCCUGCUGACCAUCUUCGCGAACUGCGCAGCGCUGGCCGUGUACACGCCCUACCCCAGCGGCGACUCCAACCACACCAACUCGAUCUUGGAGAGCAUCGAGUACAUCUUCCUCGUGAUAUUCACGGCCGAGUGUAUGAUGAAGAUCAUCGCGUACGGCUUCCUGCUCCAUCCAGCUGCUUACCUACGGAACGUCUGGAACUUACUGGACUUUAGCAUAGUUGUUAUAGGUUUAAUUAGUACGGCCCUGUCGUCGCUCAUUAAGGAGGGCUUCGACGUGAAGGCACUGCGGGCGUUCCGAGUGUUGCGACCGUUGCGGCUCGUCUCUGGAGUACCCAGUUUGCAAGUCGUCCUGAACUCCAUCCUCCGAGCCAUGGUGCCUUUGCUUCACAUUGCGCUUCUUGUGAUAUUUGUUAUCAUCAUCUACGCCAUUAUUGGGCUGGAGCUUUUCAAGGGAAAACUCCACAACACGUGUUUCCACAACGUCUCUGGGGAGAUGAUGGAUGACCCGUCACCGUGCGGCCCCAACGGCUACCAGUGUCCGUCGACCUACCACUGUGCGGGACACUGGGAGGGCCCCAACUUCGGCAUCACCAACUUCGACAACUUCGGCCUGGCCAUGCUGACCGUGUUCCAGUGCAUCACCAUGGAGGGCUGGACAGACAUCAUGUACUAUGUAAGUGUCUUCGCAGGAUAUACCGCAGGUGGAUGUCGCUGUCCUGGGUCUCUGAAGGAUUUACAUUGUACGCGCAGGCAGUGUUUGGCAAUAUGUCAGUUUAAGUGUGCUGUGCGGAGACAUAUGAAGCCAUGUGAUGUCUGUUCAUUGUACAAAAAUUCUGCUGACGCGAAGUAUAUGACCAUACUGUGCAACAGGCGCAUGAAACGAGCCUGCCGGGCGGCCGUCAAGUCGCAGUUCUUCUACUGGCUCAUCAUUCUGCUGGUGUUUCUGAACACGGGUGUGCUGGCCACCGAACACUACCGUCAGCCAGCUUGGCUGGACAAGUUCCAGGAAAUAACCAACUUGUUCUUCAUCGUUCUCUUCACCAUUGAGAUGAUCAUCAAAAUGUACGCACUUGGAUUUCAAAAUUACUUUGUAUCGCUGUUCAACCGGUUCGACUGUUUCGUGGUGAUCAGCAGCAUCAUGGAGGUGUUGCUCACCAAGACGGGUGUGAUGCCUCCGUUGGGCGUGUCCGUUCUGCGAUGCGUCCGCCUCCUGCGCGUGUUCAAGGUCACCAGGUACUGGAGGUCCCUCUCCAACCUGGUUGCCUCGCUCCUCAACUCCAUCCAGUCUAUCGCCUCCCUGUUGCUGCUCCUCUUCCUCUUUAUCGUCAUCUUUGCACUCCUUGGGAUGCAGGUUUUCGGUGGCAAGUUUAAUUUUGACUCCACGGCGGCAAAGCCUCGCAGCAACUUCGAUUCCUUUGUACAGAGUUUGUUAACCGUAUUCCAGAUACUGACGGGUGAAGACUGGAACCUGGUCAUGUACCACGGUAUCCAGGCGUACGGCGGCGUGGGCGGCUUCGGCGCGCUGGCUUGCGUCUACUUCAUCAUCCUCUUCAUCUGCGGCAACUACAUCUUGCUUAAUGUGUUCCUGGCUAUCGCCGUGGAUAACUUGGCGGAUGCUGAGUCGCUGACAGCUAUAGAGAAGGAGGAAGAGGAAGGAGAGAUGGGUCGGUCGUCGCGCUCCCGCAGCGCCUCACCUCGGAAGGAGGGCGACGGCGCGGAGGACGCGGCCGAGCUGCAGCGCUCGCCGCACGGCUCCCAGAGACUGCUGGAGCUCAACCACAUCGGGGUGGACAUCACUGCCAGCCGGACCAGCGUGGCGCCGCACCUGCAGCAAGACCUGGUCCAGUCCAGCUACCAGACUUACCAGGAGGACGCGGCUCGGCAGCCGGUGGCGCGUAGCGGCGACCCCAUCUCACCGCUAGGCGACCGACUUGCAGGCGACAGGGAGGCGCCGGCUGGCUCGCAGUCGAGCGACAGCAGCUCCGGCAUCGAUCUGGAUGACCUGCCGCCGACCAUGCGGCCGCGGCGGCUCUCCGAGCUCUCGAUCAAGCAGCGCAUCAAGCCGCUACCCCCGUUCAGUAGUUUCUAUGUGUUCUCGCCGACCAACAGACGCCGCCGCGUCGCUGCGUGGCUUUCAGAUGACGAGGGUGCGCCGCUGGGGGCCAGGCCGCGUCGGCUUUCGGAGCUCAUGGCGCCAACCAAGAUCCAGCCCAUCCCACCCUACACCUCCUUCUACGCGUUCGGUCCCAGCAACAGGUUUCGCGUGUUUUGCCACUGGUUCUGCAACCACAGCUACUUCGGCAACGUCAUCCUUGUCUGCAUUCUGGUGUCGUCAGCCAUGCUGGCGGCCGAGGACCCCAUCGAUCAGGGCACAGGUCGCAACCGGAUCCUCAACUACUUUGACUACUUCUUCACGACAGUGUUCACGUUGGAGAUCGGGUUCAAAGUGAUCGCAUACGGGUUCAUUAUGCACCCGGGCUCGUUUUGCCGCUCCGCCUUCAACCUGCUGGAUUUGCUGGUGGUGGCCGUCUCGCUCAUCUCAUUCUCCAACAUUCAAGUCAUAUUUUCACAAAGACGAAGUGCUUCGAACGAGUCCUUUCACAGUUUGUUUCUUCCAGUUGAUGAUGACGUGACGGUGGGCAAGUUUUACGCCACCUUCCUGAUACAAGAUUACUUCAGGAAGUUCAAGAAGAAGAAGACGGACGAGACCUCCCGCGAGCAGGACGUAGACGAGGACUCGACUGCGGUCACAUUGCAGGCGGGCCUGAGGACCCUGCACGAGGCCGGUCCAGAGCUGAAGAGGGCCAUCUCUGGCAACCUGGAUCAGAUGGUGGCCGACGACAACCCCACGCACAGGAGGAACCACGUGCUGUUUGGCCGGGUGUGGUCCAGCUUCCGGCGGAAGAGCCGGCCGCACGGAGGCCGCACCAUCCGGACGGCAGAGCCUGCCACCGCGAACAACGGAGGCCACCGGCCGCUGUCAUACAGGGAGAGCGACGGUCCGGCCGGCCCUGUCGACAGCAUCCCCCUGCAGACACUGGACAGCGCCCACAGGGAGGGCAGUAAGCCCAGCAGCUCUGACCUAGACGACGGUCGACGUGAGCCUGCUGAUCGGCAGCCCUUGGGUGUGGCCGCUCAGUCACCGUCUUCGCCCGCAGCGCAAGGCACAGUAGCCGACAGCGGCGGCCGGCGGCCUGUCGCUGAGGUGACGGCUUCGCAGCUCGGCCCGUCCCACUCCGUGUCCGCCAGCGCGCUGCCAGCGCCGGCGCCCGCCCGGCCCCAGCGGCCGCUCUCUGAGACGGCCGGCUCGGCCGAGAGCCUGGUGGCUCAGACGCUGGCCGGCCACGGCCUGGACCGCUUCUGUGACGCUGAGCUGGUGCGCGUGGCACGGCGCGAGAUGCAGGAGACGCUGCAGCUGACCUCGGACCAGUUCGACCGGGCGGCGCACGCGCUGCUCACGCGCUCGCCCUCGCCCCGGUAGUGCGGCCGGCGGCCGCCGCCCGCGCGGUGGAAGUGCCUGGGCAGUGUGGCGCUCGAGCGGCGCCAGCGUAGUCUGCCGUUGCCGCCGCCGCCGCAGGACACAGCGCCGUCGUGACCGGCCGCGCUGACGUCGACGCCGGGGCGCGGAGGAGCGCCUGGCCGCCGCCACCGCCGGCGUCCAACGACGGGCCGCCACUCAGGGGCGGGCUCUGCAGCGCGCGCUGCGCUCCCCUGUGCCUCGGGCUCGGUCGGGCCCGCUGUGCGCCGUCUGGUUCGCUAGGCGCCCGCUGCCCGCCGGGGCGCCUCUAGUCAAGGGUUUGUUGUACAGCUCAGCGUCGAUCGGAGACGUCAGUCAGCAGCAGGCUCGACCAUGAUAUGUCUUUCCCCGACUGCGACGUGCACGUCUGUUCCCAUCCCCAAUACGAUGUGCAUCGGUCUGGGUACAUAACUGGCUGGAGGAAGUGCCUGGACAAAAAAGCACAGCACACUGCUCUUCUUUUUGUUCGGUCCGGGUUGGCUCGUUUUGAUUCCUGGUCGCCUUUUAUGGCAUCUUGCGAGCUGUAAUGACCAGUCGCAUCUCUUGCGUGAGCCAUGGAUCGGUCAGGUUUGUCGUUUCUCCGGAAGUGUUUGGCCACCACUUGUGAUACGAAAGUGUCAUAUGUAGGCAAUUGAUUUAUUUGCAGGGUUGUGGUAAAGCCGCACCCUUUUGUCCCCGAUGGCGGGUGUUAUUUGGUCACUGUGCGUUCUCGACCGUUCAGGUUUGUUUAUGAACUGCUUUGUGCUGGGAAGGUUUGACGCGAGGACGGCGCCAGCGGCCAGGAUUGGGCGUCCAUCAGCUUUUUCAUUUUGCACGAAUUUGGGAGCCACCGUCGUGCUGGCUCCUCCGCUUCAUGCGCAGCCGAGUGAGUGUGAUUUGUAAUAAAUACGCGUAUUGACACAAUCCAUUGAUUCGACCGUAAAAAGUCAUUAUGCGCUCAUUCGCGAGUGAUAUGAAUUUGUGUCUUACUAGCUGGCGCGUUGAGGUUCCGCCACGAGUCAGCCAUCUUGCGAAGCGGUGCCAAAGUGAGUUGACUGUACAGGACAGGCGUCGACAGGACAGGCGUCGACUGUUCACGACAGGUGUCGUGACGUGUCGGGACGCACACGGCGUGCCAUUGUGAUACCAGGUGGAAUACUCACCGUACCGCCGACCGAACCCCAAUCAAAACGGCCCGGGUGAGCGCGCGCACAUGCGGCGGUGCCGUGCCGCCGCCAGCUGCCCCCUGCCGUGACACUGUCUCGGGUCGCGACGCGCCAGGGCUGGGUCGCGAUGUGUCGGGCGCUAGCCAGUGUCGGCCGUGCCCUGCCUGAUAGCCGCCGCCUACCUCCGCCCCUGCCCCACCAGGGCAGUGCGGUCUUGUCGAGCCGGGCGCCAGUUUUGUGCGUGAGCGUGGGAAUUUGUAUAAUUCUGAGAGGAGUUCUUCACUACAAUGACGCAAUACAUGUGUCCUCCCGGAUAAGGAACGCGCUGUGUCCGGUAUUCAUGGGCUUACGGACAUGGAAACUGAAGUUCUACGGCGCACACCGCAGAUGGGUAUAAUGAGAGACGCCCGGUGACACUGCAAGAAGAGGACGGGACCCAGCAAACAACUAUGUGACCUGCCGCUACAUCGGAACAGGUCAUUGGUGUCAGCGUUGCUAUAUGGUGACACAGCAAAAUAUGCGCUGGCCUUUGAUCACGUUGUAACAGAUGGUGUUCUCAAAGUGGAAUGUUGUUAUGUAGAAGCACUGGACCCCGUAGCAUCGGAGGGCCUACCAUGCUUUAACACAAUCGAGCAUCGUACAUGUCGCGUACACGGGGCGUCUGAGCGAGGGGGAGUCACCGUUGGAGACGUGACGUCAUGCGCCAUUUUCGCCUGCACCUAAACACUUGCACACACGCCGAGUUUUUCUCGCGGACAGUCCUGAUUGUGCCCUCCGAGGGGAUUCCGCACGUGCUACGGGACGCGGGUGGGCGCUUCGCUGCACGUUUCCUCACCAAGUCAUUCACACAGCAGCUGACGUUCUACGGCGUUACCAUGGUUU